AUGGAGUCCGGAGGGAGCAAAGGCGAAUCGAAAACAACUGGGAAACGUAAAGCUAGUGAUCUUAAUCAGAAGUCUCUUGCUGAGUUCUUUGCGGAGAAUACGAACAUAGCUGGGUUUGACGACCCUGGAAAAUCGCUUUACAGUACGGUGAGAGAACUUGUUGAAAAUGCACUUGAUUCUGCAGAGUCCAUUCAGGAGCUUCCAUUGGUCGAAGUAACAAUUGAAGAGCUUAAUAGAAGCAAGCUCAAUUCCAUGAUUGAUGAUGACUUUGAUACAUUAAAGGAUAGUACAAUCAGAAACAUUCCCCAUAUCCAUUUACAUGAAAAGAUAGGUGGCAAUGAGAAUUGGCAUGGAGCUGAGAUCAAAGUUGUAAUUGACGGAAACUGGAAAACAUACGGUUCAAAGAUAUUGGAGUAUAUGCGCCAAAUGGCAGUUAUUACUCCUUAUGCAGAAUUUAAGUUUCGAUUUGUUGCAGUUACACCGAAUGAAAAUGGUGUGGUGGAGAAAAGUUAUUCAAGAUUGACAGAGGAAAUGCCUCCAGUUCCUGUAGAAACAAAGUACCAUCCAUCAGCUGUGGACUCGCUGCAUAUCAUCCAACGCCUGAUUGGUCAAACUAAAAAUCAGAAUCUUCUGGAUUUUCUUCAGCAUGAAUUUGUUAACAUUCCCAAGGCACAAGCUAAAAGAUUAAUCGCAAAAAUGGCUCCCGAUGUCACCUCCGAAACACAAGUCAACUCUUUGACUCUCCAACAAAUUGCUUGCAUGAAUCAGUUGUUUCAACAUACCAAAUUUGAUGAUCCUAGUGGCAAUUGUCUUGCACCUUUAGGAGAUGAAUCCUUUUGCGAGGGUAUAUAUAAGGUGCUGCAGCCGAAGAUGGUUGCAACAUAUACUGCAAAAAGUGCUCAAGUAUAUCAAGGACACCCGUUCAUUGUAGAAGCUGGAGUUAGUAUGGGAGGAAAAUGCUUCAAGCAGGGUAUAAAUAUCUUCCUGUUUGCAAACCGUGUUCCAUUGCUGUUUGAGCAAGAUGCUGAUGUUGUCACCACAACUGCCACGAAGAGAAUCAAGUGGGAAAGAUACAAAAUUUUUAAGAGGCAGGAAAAAAUUGGCGUUUUUGUUAACAUUGUAAGCACAAAAAUUCCAUUCAAAGGGUCUGGAAUGGCUAAGGCUGUCAAGGCUAAUAAUAAUAAUGUCCUGUAUGUUAUUUUCUAG